UCAAAAUAUUUAUUUGAUAGGAAAUAUACAGACUUUAUCGAUUUUACUUGUGAUUUGUUUUCAAAUAAUCGAUGUAAAAUGAAGAAGUUCUUUGAAAAGAAGAAACUCGACUUUAAAUUUAAAAAGGCUGGUACUGGGCACAGUUUAUCCGAUGAAAGUCCGUCAACCAGUUCACAGGGUGUCAUUACAUCACAGCCUGUCGCAAAGCAACCACCACCUCCAAAAUCAGCCGGUGCCAUGAAGGCUGGUGAAGCUGCACUGACAAGAAUUGACCAAAAAAAACAGGAACCAAUUAGUGCAUCUAGGAAAGCGAUACAAGCACAAGUGAGACGAGAAAUGGAGCAAGAAAAAGCUGCCGCAGAAGCUGCUGCAGCUCUGUCUCGGCAACAGUCUGGUCCAGGAGAAACAAAGCUCGAGAGUGCACCACUAUUGUCAGUGGAGAAAGUACAAUUCUAUUGUUCACUCAGUCCACAACGUGUUCCGAGGUCACAAAUAGAAUCACAUAUCAAGGAAUGCCUCUUACUUAAAUUAGCUGAAGACCCUAUCCAGGCCUCCUGUGCAAUGAUACAUUCACUGAACAAAGACAGAGAAAAAAUGAAAGUAGGAAUUGACACGAUAUGCAAGUAUCUUGACAAUAUCAUCAGUCAUCCUGGUGAAGAAAAAUACACAAAGAUCAGAAUACAGAACAAAGCAUUUCAAGAUAAGGUAGCUUGUAUUGAAGGUAGCGAGGAAUUUCUGCAGUCAGUGGGUUUUACAAGACAAAUGAUGCCACAUCAAGACUCUGAAGCUGAAUUUUUUGUUCUUGAUCAAGAAUACUGUAGUGACACGGACAGACUGCGAGCAGUACAUGAAUCAUUAGUCUCCACUGAGCCCAUCAGGCCUAUAUUGGAUAGAAAUACACAAAUAUUUGAACCAUGUUCCGGUGCUAGUCAGUUUCAUUUACCGGAUGAGUUUUACAAUCUUACUGCAGAAGAAAUAAAAAGGGAACAACAGCUGAGGACUGACAUGGUAGAAAGGAAUGCUGUGUUGAGAACAAAAGCCAUGAGAGAAAAAGAAGAGCAAAGAGAAAUUAGAAAAUACAAUUUUACUUUAAUUAGAGUGAAGUUCCCUAAUGGAAUUAUUCUACAAGGGAUUUUCCGAUCAAGAGAAAAAGUCGGUGCUUUAAUGGAGUUUGUUAGACAGAGUUUGGAAAAUGAUUGGAUGCCGUUUAUAUUGAGUACAUCAACUGGACAGAAAAUAACAAAUGAAGACGCUUUCUUAGUUGAAUGUCAACUGUUCAGUGUUGAAAUACUGAUCUUUCCGAGGGGAAUAUAG